UAGACCAAAUUCAUAUAAGUAGCUGAAUCGCUGCAGUGAAUGUUAAACCAGUCAAACAAAAUUUCAUCUCAAGUUUUCAACUUGAAUUAAAAUAGUCAAUCUAAUAAGUUGUGUUUUGUCUGACUAUAGUUCAAAGAUUCAAAAUCGAUUCGAAAGCCUUUAGAAAGAUGGAUUCUAAACUGCUGAGUUUUACUUGUCUUUUGGUUUUCAUUUGCUGUAUCAACUUAACCAGAUCAGUUGAUGGCUCACCAAUAGCUAAAAAACCUUUACCAACAAUGGUUAUUUGGCAUGCCGCUGGUGGAGGUUCAUCAGCUGAGCUUACUGAAGACACUGUUACGAGUUUGAAAAAGUACAAUGCUAAAAUUAAAAAGAUUCAAAUUGGAGAAGGAGAAGAGGAGGAAUUGGACAUUGCGCUUCACAUGCAGAUGGAGAAACAAGUUAUGAAUGCUUGUCGUCAACUAACCAAUGAUCCUGAAUUGAAAAACGGAUUUGCUUUAAUUGGACUUUCUUUAGGUGGAACUGCAGUAAGAGCGUUACCCCAGAUGUGUCCAGAACUUAAUAUCACCGAUGUAAUAUCCAUGUGUGGACCUCAGCAAGGAAUCUUCGGAAUACCUAGUUGUGAAUCAAUAGAAGGAAUUUUCACAGACAUUUGCGAUAAACUGAAUGAUGUGAGAGAAGCUGCAGCUUCCAUUUCACCCGAGUUCGAUACUCCUUCAAUAUUCACACCUGUAAUGAAUGCAGUCAAAGACAAUUAUACCUUAAUCUCACUUUGGGUCGAUCCAACCGCUUCUCCACCACCAGCUGAUAACUUCAUGAACCUCAUCAACAAUAGACUUGAAACGAAAUUUCCAAAGGAAAAUCUUUUAAAGAUUCAAAGAUUAAUUGCUGUUUGGUGUAGCAAAGAUACGAUCAUGAAACCUAAAACGUCACCUAUGUUUGGCUACUUUAAAGAUGGUUCAAUAACUGAAGUGCUACCAUUUAAUGAGACUGAUUUGUAUACUGAGGACUACAUCGGAUUGAAGGAAUUGGAUGAGCAAGGGCGAUAUUUCCCUGUUGAAUGUCCCUACGAACACAUGAAAUAUCCAGGUGAAUGGUUCGAGAAAAAUAUUAUUGAACGAUUUUAUGAUGUUUAAAUUGGUUGAUCGAUUUGUGAUUUCAUGAAAUAUUGAUUCUUCCUUAAACUUGAUAUAUUACAAUGUCUAUACUUAUCUAUUAACAAUGUUAUUUGAAGCUAUCUUAAUUUGAUAGUCAUACCAAGAAUGAUUUUUGCAAAAUAAAACUCAACUUCUCUGUUAAAGGAGACUGCAAUAACAAAA